AUGAAAUUUAUAAAUAAAUUCCUGUGUUUUAUCACGAUAUUCGGGAUUGUGAAUGCGAGAGGACCAACGCUUGUUUUGUUGGAUAAUUUAGCGAUUAAAGAAACGCAUUCUAUAUUCUUCAAGACGCUACAGGAUAGCGGAUACAUCUUGACGUAUAAAUUAGCCGAUGAUGCCAAUUUGCAACUGUCCAAGUACGGAGAAUACGUGUACGAGCAUUUGAUAAUAUUUGCACCUUCCGUGGAAGAGUUUGGCGGAGCUUUAAGUAUUGAGACAAUAACAGACUUCAUUGAUGGUGGUGGCAAUGUUCUGGUUGCUGGUUCCUCUCAAUCUGGAGAUGCUCUCCACGAAUUAGCCUCUGAAUGUGGUUUUGAGAUUGAUGAGGAGGAUUCUGCAGUUAUUGAUCAUUUGAAUUAUGAUCUUUCUGAUAAUGGAUACCAUACUAAAAUAGUAGCAGACCCUGCCAAUUUAAUUGAUGCUUCUGUGAUUGUUGGAAGCAAAAGUGUGCAACCUUUGCUGUACCAGGGAACUGGGUUGAUUGCAGAUACAGAAAAUCCUUUAAUUUUACGUUUAUUGACAGCUUCUAGUUCAGCAUACUCUUAUAAUCCACAUAAUCCCAUAAAAGAGUACCCCCAUGCAGUUGGCAAGAAUACUCUCCUAAUUGCAGCUCUCCAAGCCAGAAACAAUGCCAGAGUUGUAUUCUCUGGUUCCUUGUACUUCUUCAGUGAUGAAGCUUUCACUAGUCCCAUUCAGAAAGCUCAAGGUGGUCAGAAGUAUGAAAAAUCUGGAAAUGAGGCAGUAGCUACAAUGAUUGCUCGCUGGGUGUUUAAGGAAAAUGGUGUGAUCCGUGUUUCAUCAGUUCAUCACUAUAGAGUGGGAGAAUCUGAGCCACCAGCAGCAUAUACUAUAAUGGAUGAUGUUGUCUAUUCCACUGAUGUUCAGAAAUUAGCUGGAGACAAAUGGAUUCCUUAUGAAACUAAUGAUUUACAACUAGAAUUUGUUAGAAUAGAUCCGUUUGUUCGUAUGACCAUGAAACCAGUAGGAAAUGGUCGAUACGAAGCGAGAUUCAAGAUCCCUGAUGUUUAUGGGGUCUAUCAAUUUAAAGUAGACUAUACACGCAUUGGUCUGACACAUUUGUACAGUACCACUCAAGUGUCAGUCCGUCCUCUGCAGCACACUCAAUAUGAACGUUUCAUUCCUAGUGCAUUCCCGUAUUAUAUAAGCGCCUUCUCUAUGAUGGGCGGCGUAUUUUUAUUUUCUCUAGUGUUUUUACAUUAUAAGGAGGAUACGAAGUCUAAGUUUGAAUAAAAUAACCAUUAACAAAACGCGCAAAUUAAUCAAUUACGUAAAAAAAGGCUAUGUCACUGACGAGAAUAAAAAGGUGCUUAGUCAAAUAAAAUGUUAAUAACAAAGUGCAUUUACGUUGCAUGCCUAAGUGUGUGACGACAGAUUUAUAUUUAUUUAAACCAAGGGAAAUGA